GACAUUUGAGAGGUGUACACAAAAAAAUUGUGUUGAUUGUUUUGCAAAUAGUGUCUACGGCUACGCAUACGCAACAGUUGAAGUGGGUGCGUUCCAGUGAGGUCCCCUUGUUAGAUGUCAGUUGUACGUGUCUAGAGACGAGAGUGGAAGCGGUUGUUUGGGAGCGUCGUGGUAAACAAACAAAUGCCAAAUACAGUUUAAACAUGUAAUAAAGCAAUGCAGCGUUAGAAUCGGAGAGGAUGUCAUGUCACUAGCUGUAGUCACUGAUCAGUCAGACAGUAACAGUACCCCACAAGAACGUGUCGGACCUGGAGCACAGCGGACCGCUACGUUCUCCUCGCGAUAGUCAAAGAAAUCCCGUAGUGAUGGCUGCGCCGCCUGACACGGAGAGUUUGGAGUCCCGUAUCAAUAGAGCCACAAACCCACUAAACAGAGAUACAGACUGGGAGGGGAUCCAUGCUUUUUGUGACCAGCUCAAUAAUGAUUUGGAGGGCCCCCAGCUGGCCACCAGACUCCUGGCUCACAAGAUCCAGUCUCCCCAGGAGUGGGAGGCAACACAGGCUCUCCUGGUGCUGGAGAUGUGUAUGAAGGAUUGUGGGAAAAGAUUUCACAAUGAAGUUGGAAAGUUUCGCUUCCUCAACGAGCUCAUCAAAGUUGUGUCUCCCAAGUACCUGGGCUCGCGAUCCCCAGAGCUGGUGAAGAAGAAGGUUCUGGAGCUGAUCUACAGCUGGACUCUGAGUCUGCCUGACGAGACGAAGAUAGCAGAUGCCUACCAGAUGUUGAAGAAACAAGGCAUGGUGAAGCAGGACCCUGACCUUCCCCCAGGUCAGCUGUGGCUGCCUCCUCCUCCUCCUAGACCCAGGAACGCCGUGUUCGAGGACGAGGAGAAGUCCAAGGUGCUGUCUCGUCUGCUAAACAGCACACACCCCGACGACCUAAAGGCUGCCAACAAACUGAUCAAAGAAAUGGUGCAGGAGGACCAGAGGCGAGCAGAGAAGGUGUCCAGGCGUGUAAACACCAUCCAGGAGGUGAAGGAGAGUGUGGGCCUGCUGACUCAGCUGCUGGAGGAGCACGAUGGGAGCAGCAGCAGCCUGGAGCUCCUGCAGGAUCUGUACCAGCGCUGUGAGAAGAUGAGGCCCACUCUAUUCAGACUGGCCAGUGACACAGAGGACAAUGAUGAGGCUCUGGCGGAGAUCCUGCAGGCCAAUGACAGUGUGACUCAGGUCAUCAACAGGUACAAGCAGCAGGUGAAGGGAGAGGAGGUAAACGGCAACAGCACCGCUGACAACAGACUCACAGGAAGCAGCACAGCGCUGCUAGACCUGUCUGGAUUGGACACCUCGCCACAGUCCCCGCCCUCCUUCCCAGAAUUCCCCACACCAACAGACAGCCUGAACGCCCCUUCACAGGAAAUGGGCCUCAGUCUCCUUGACGACGAGCUGAUGUCACUAGGGUUGAGUGAGGGGACCCUGACGUCUGCAGCCUCGCAGCCGGAUGACUCCACGGCCUGGGACUCUUUCCAGUCCUCUGACAGUGUGGAUGCAGACGUCCCUGCAGCCCCCAGCCUCCUCCUGAGUCCAGACCCCCCAGCCCUGUCCCAGGCCACCUCCUCCUCGGCUACCACCCCCAGCAGCUCUGCCCCCAGCAGCUCUGCCCCCAGCAGCUCUGCCCUGGAUGAGUUAGACCUGCUGGGGAAGGCCUUGCUGCAGCAGUCCCUGCCUCCGGAGGGCUUCCAGGUCAAAUGGGACAAGCAGCAGUCCAGACCUACUCUACGAGAUCUACAGAGCAAGUCUGGGUCAAACCCCAGCCCAAGCCCCAUCCCGGCCUUCACCUCCGAGCAUCCUGGGGCUCUGCUGAACUCCCAGUCCAGCCUGGGAGCUACAUUGCUGGGCAUGUCUCCUGUUCACACAGAGGCUCCUCCUCCAGUGGUCACACUGACGGAUGUGUUAGUACCGUUAGAAUCUAUAAGGCCCAGUAGCUUGUUGCCCGUGACGGUGUUUGACGGUCACAGCUUGCGGGUCCUGUUCCAUUUUGCUCGUGACGUCCCUCCGUCUCGCCCCGACGUCCUGGUCGUCAUUGUCUCCAUGCUGUCCUCCGCCCCGACCCCCGUCACCAGCAUCCACCUGCACACCUCCGCCCCCCAGGGAAUGGCUGUGAAGCUACAGCCCCCAUCAGGAACGGAGCUCCCUGCCUUCAACCCCAUCCUGCCCCCCACCGCCAUCACGCAGGUUCUGCUACUGGCCAACCCCCACAAGGAGCAGGUGCAGCUGGACUACAGGCUGAGCUUCACCCUGGGAGACGAGGAGCACCACAAGACUGGACGAGUACAACACUUCCCUCCUGCGGACACCUGGGGGAAGCUAUGACCCCCUGGCAGACUGGAUCCUGUCCCCCCUCGUGGAAGCUAUGACCCCCUGGCAGACUGGAUCCUGUCCCCCCUCGGGGAAGCUAUGACCCCCUGGCAGACUGGAUCCUGUCCCCCCUCAGCCCGCACGCUUCUGGAGGUCUGGCCAGUCAUUACUCCUUAGUUGAAGUCGUGAUCUCGCACAGUCUCUGCUGUAGUUGGCUGAGAGAUCGUCUGGGCGCGGGACUCUGCCAACCAGAAAACCUGACCGAGGGUAGACAGUUCCAACGUGACUCCUGAUUGGCUAGUUAGAAACUCCGCUAUUUUGCUUAUGCAUAUCCAGUCUCUGCACGUGUAUAGGGGAAGGGGGGGGGGGUGUACAGGGGAUCAGGCAGGGGACAGCCUCAGCUACUGACUCACCAACACAACACUGCAUCAACAACCAGUGGAUGACUUUGUUAACCAUACCAUAAUGUUUCUUUGGCUAUGAUUGGUUGAUAUUGAUUUGUUCAUCAAUAGGUCAUCUGUAAUGCUUCAGUCUGGACAGGGAAGGUACAUUGUGUGUGAGAUUAUUCUUUGUUGUGUACGUCUUUAAUCUUUGCUUAACUUGGUGUUUAUGGUCCCGCUUUUACAAACCUGCAGUUCUCUCUUUUGGCUGGUAGAUGGCGCUGUGCUACAUUCUCGUCUUUUUAGUUUGAACUUUUAACGCUACGAAGGAACAUAAACACAUACGUGGAUAUGUGGGUGCGCUUGAUUUAGUGCACAAGGUGGGCGGAGUUCUCACCUUAGGACCAAUGACUCCCCCUCUCAAAUAUGCAAAGCUUACUUGGAAGGGUGUUCACGCUAAAUCAAGUGGACUUCGGAGAUUAAUACACUAGAACAUUUAGGAGACGUUUCCUGGAGCUAGUCCUAUCUGAGGGCUAUGUUUCAUGGAGCUGUCCUGAUAGAAAUGUCUGUUAUGUCUUUCAUUUGACUGCUUUUGGGUUUCCUCUGUGUCUAUGUAAUUUCUACUGGCCCUUGAGAGCUGGCAGCGGCUGUACUUUCCCAGUAUGUUUGUUUGCUUACAUAAUGAAUGAACUCACGCUGCCAUUUGCACGUAAGCUGAGCUGCAGCUCAUUUCCCUCGUCUUAAGAGGAAGAAAAAAAAGAAGAAAUAUGAGCAUUUCAUAUCUGC